AUUAACAUCAAAGAAAAUGACGAUCUAUUGGCUUUCCUGUCUUUCACUUCUUGUUUUAUCGUCAUCUUUAUGCACAGCUUGUGCUGAUACUCAUGAAAAAUUCCUUCAAUGCUUAUCUGUUGGUAAUAACCAAAAGAUCUCCUUUUACACUCGAAACAAUAAAUCUUACUCAUCCAUUUUGCAGUUCUCUAUACAGAACCUAAGGUUCAAUUUUACGAAAACCCCUAAACCUCGUUUAAUUGUGACACCAGUAAGUAAACAUGAAAUCCAACAAGUCAUUCUAUGUGCUAAGAAAACUAGCAUGCACGUUAGGGUUCGUAGUGGAGGACAUGACCCUGAAGGCCUUUCUUAUGUAUCUAACGUUCCAUUCGUCUUAAUUGAUCUCAUCAAAUUCCGAAAAAUCACUAUCAAUGUUAAGGAAAAAAGUGCAUGGGUUGACACGGGAUCCAGUAUUGGCGAACUAUAUUAUAAAAUCGCGAAAAAAAGUAAAACCUUAGGGUUUUCUGCAGCAGUCUAUCCGAUAGUUGGUGCAGGUGGUGCAUUCAGUGGAGGUGGCACUGGGGUUAUGAUUAGAAAAUAUGGUCUCGCAGCAGAUAAUAUUAUAGAUGCACGUUUAAUGGACGUGAAUGGAAAAAUUCUUGAUAGGAAGUCAAUGGGGGAAGAUCUCUUUUGGGCUAUAAGAGGAGGUGGAGGCAAUACCUUUGGAAUUGUUCUUGCAUGGAAAAUCAAAUUGGCAGAUGUUCCUGAAAAGGUAAUAGUCUUCACCAUUGACAAAACCUUGAAACAAAAUGCAACAAAACUUAUUCAUAAAUGGCAAUAUGUCUCACCAAAGUUCCAUCAAGAUUUGUUCAUUAGAGUUGUGAUCCGCAAAAACAAACAAAAUGCCCUUGUAGCUUCAUUCUACUCAAUAUUCCUAGGUGGAAAUGGGAUUGACCAAUUACUUGGUAUAAUGCAUGAAAGCUUCCCUGAAUUAGGGUUAAAAAGAGAAGAUUGCAUGGAGAUGAGCUGGAUUGAGUCUACUUUAUAUUUUGCAGGAUACUCAAGAGGAGAAUCCCUUGAUGUUUUACUAAAAAGGGGUAAAUCUUUUGGACAUUACUUUAAGGUAAAAUCAGACUUCGUACAAAAGCCAAUCUCAAAAAGAGAACUAGAAGGGAUAUGGGACUUAUUCAAAGAAGAUGAAGAUGCAUUAAGACUAAUGUUCCUAACUCCAUAUGGUGGAAAAAUGGAUGAAAUUUCAGAGAAUGAAAUUCCAUACCCACAUAGAGCUGGAAAUUUAUAUGAAAUCCAAUAUGGUGUGAGUUGGUUUGACAAAGUAGAAGAAGAAGCAGAAAGGCACAUAAAUUGGAUAAGAAAGCUUUAUGAAUAUAUGACUCCUUUAGUUUCGAAAUCUCCAAGAGCUGCUUAUGUGAAUUAUAGGGAUCUUGAUAUUGGGGCCAACAACAUGAACGAAAAGACAAGCUAUGAACAAGCUAAAGCUUGGGGUUAUAAGUAUUUUAAAAAUAAUUUUGAUAGAUUGGUUCAAGUGAAGACUAAGGUGGAUCCUUCAAACUUCUUUAGAAAUGAACAAAGCAUUCCACCCUUUGAAGAGAAGUGAAUGAAGUUUUUGGUGGAAGGAAAUAUCAAAUAAAAGACAAUAGUCUUAUUAAAUAAUUUGGUAUUAUUAUACUGUUUUUACUUGGCAUAUUGUUUGUGGUAUAAGUAAAAACAGUAUAAUAUUUAUGUUGCAAUUUUCGGUGUUAUGCAUACCGGAUUCAACAUGCAAUAAUUUAUAGGAGAAUCAUGUUUACAGAAAUAAAAUGUUUAAAUUCCAAAUUUA